CCUUCCCCCAGCACACAGUGGUAGCGCGAGGACAGCAAGGCAACACAGUGUUCAGCGCGAGCGCGGAUGAACGCCUCGCGAAGCGGCAGGGGGUAAAAAUAGACCGUCAGAGGCAGCUGCAGAGACGAACGAAAGAAACUGAGAGAACGCAGGAGCACAAACGUGGAUAAAAAAUAUAUAUAUAUAUAUUUAAAAAAAGGCGACCGUUCUGCCUAGCAACACACACACACACGCCGUGAAAGAUCUCAGCUUCAAGCCCCGGUCAUCUUGAUUCGGGUUCCACCCUCGGGAGUGACUAAUAUACACGAGGAGGAGUCUAAAAAAAACAAAAAAAACAAAACAAAAAAAAAAAACAAACACCACACGAGUCCACAUUCUCGGCUGCGGCGAGAGGAGCAUUUUGAGGGGGAAAGCAGGCUCUUGGACGGGAUUGCGAAAGCGCCGAAGCACAUUAAAAUCAUGCGCACGGGAAAGCGGCACGAGUCGGGCUUCCAGCAUGCGCCGGUAAAAACGAGGCACACCCAUGGCGAGCGUGCCGUUAUCUCUGAGCGACAGCUUCCGUUCUGUGAAAGGUCUUUCAGCAUCUGAACGGACCCGAGCAGGAGAACCAUGCGGUGCAGGCGUCGGCACUGCUACGCGCGAGUAGCGGGAUUGCUCGCUUUGCUGGGAUGCAUCGUCCUCAUCAUCUUCUUCCGCCGAAUCAUGGACGAGCCGACCUUCGAGAAAGAAGUGGCGGCGACGCCGAAUCAUUCGCCGACCAGGUCCCUGGUGAACGGCACCCUUGUUUCGACUCAGCCGGCGUUAAGGACGGCCAUGGGAUCGAAUCGGAGUUUAGCCAAGGAAGAGAACGCGGAAAGCUUCCUUAAAGUUGAACCUUACAAGUACAUCAUCAACGAACCGGACAAGUGCAGGAAAAAUAACACUUUCCUAGUGCUGCUGAUUCCAGUCGAGCCUCACAACGCAGAAGCUAGGAACGCCAUUCGGAAGACGUGGGGCAACGAAAGCGUGGCUGAAGGAACCGUGCGCCUGUUUCUACUGGGCGUGAAAGACGGCGCGCGUGAUUCGGGGCUGCGCGAUCUACAGCAGCACUCCAUCAGGGCGGAGAGUCAACAACAUCGCGACAUUAUCCAGCAGGAUUACGUCGACUCCUACUACAACCUCACCAUCAAGACGCUGAUGGGGAUGCACUGGGUGUCGAGGUACUGCCCGAACGCCAAGUACGUCAUGAAAGCGGACAGCGACAUGUUCGUAAACACCGAGUACCUCGUCCACAAGCUCCUCAAAGCGAACGUCCCACGGGAGAUGUACUUCACCGGGUACCUCAUGCGAGGCUACAAGCCCAAUCGAAACAAGGACAGCAAAUGGUACAUGCCUCCCGAGUUGUACCCCAGCGGAAGCUACCCCACGUUUUGCUCGGGAACCGGCUACGUCUUCUCCGGCGACAUGGCCAAGCGGAUCUACGCCACGUCCCUGAGCAUACGCAGGCUGCACCUGGAGGACGUCUACGUCGGACUCUGUCUCUCCAAACUCAACAUAGAACCCAUGCUGCCGCCCAACGAGUUUCUCUUCAACCACUGGAAGGUUUCCUACUCCAGCUGCAAGUACAGCCAGCUCAUCACCUCGCACGAGUUUCGCCCGAGCGAGCUCGUCAAGUACUGGGAGCACCUCCAGAAAAACAAGGACAGAGCAUGCAAAGUGCCCAAAACGCAGCUCGCCAAGAACAACGCAGCGACGCUUCACCAGGCCAAAGCCGUGCUCAACCCUGCGCAGUGACGCACCGAAUCUUUCUGCAAUCACUUAAGUCAUCAGCGUAACCUCCAGGACCGGGGUUACCGCUGAGGAAUCGCUGCUCGCCGAGUAAAUCAGGCUGAACUACUCUUGGAAGGAAAUGCUGCAUUGUAAACCAUCUUGACAUGACGAUUGAGUACAAUUUAAAAAGACAAAAAACAAAACACAGUUUGUAAGUGCUCUUAUUGUGAAAUUUUCUUUAAGUUUUGACCACUAAAUAAAGUGUUAAAAAAAAAAAAAAAAAAAAAGAAGAAGAAAGAAAACGAGCAAAACGACCCAUGCACAACCCUACCCCGAUGAAAAACUGAAUAAAAAUGUACACCAGUAGUGA